GCUUACCAUUAAACCCGCCAGGUAGCCCCACCAUCAACGUCAGAGCAGCCCAGUGCCCACUCCUCUUGUCUUGUUCUUAAACGCGAUAAGGUUGAUAACCACCUACCUGACAUGGCGUACCUACCUGAUACCUUGUAAGACCCCUUCAGUACCUAGACCUACCUAUACCUACUUGGUAACCUUGAGCAUCAUUCCCAUUCCCAUCCCCAUCCUCAUUCUCACUCCUAUUCCAUAAAUACCUAAACAGACCUAAUGAUAUCUCUUCAUCAUCUUACCUUUCAUCCCCAUUACCGUCAAUAGCUCUAUCACGGCCUUUUCCUAAAAUAUGGCGCCGUCUACCACAUCUCUGCGCUCUAUAUUCGCUUAUGCGAACAACUUCGUCUCCCAGUUUCCGCUUAAUAUUCCAAACAUUCCGAACCCGUUGGCGAUUCUUAGCCCGCAAGUUCCUAUCCAUACCGACAGUUCCGUCACACCUUACGAUCCUCUAACAGGCACCCCAACCUGUCCUAUCAAUGGACCCAUAAGCUGUCACAACACUUCCGUUGCCGAUUCUUGCUGCUUUAUCCAUCCCGGCGGACGUCUACUACUCACGCAGUUCUGGGACGAGAAGGCCCACGUUGGAGGGAGCGAAGAGGACUGGACAUUACAUGGACUAUGGCCGGAUCUCUGCGACGGAUCCUACGACCAAUUCUGUGGGAUGGCGCCCCAGUUUAACAACAUCAGCAAGGUGCUAGAGCACUACGACCAGGCCGACCUGCUCGAGGAUAUGAAUCGUUAUUGGAUUGCCAACUACGGCACGAACGACCACCUGUGGGCGCACGAGUACAACAAGCACGCCACGUGCAUCAACACGCUGGCGCCGAGCUGCUACGGCGACGACUACGCGCCGGGCCUCGAGGUCGUCGACUACUUCGUGCGCGCGUUCAGCCUGUUCAAGAUGCUCGACACCUACCGGGCGCUGGCGAGCGUCGGCGUCGAGCCCGACUACAAGAAGACGUACCCUUUGGCCCAGAUCCAGUCCACGCUCGAGGGCUUCAGCGGCGGGAAAGUCAUCCUCAAGUGCACGGGCAGGCACCACAACGUCCUCCACGAGGCCUGGUACGUGUACUUCGUCAAGGGCAGCUUGCAGAGCGGCGACUUCGUCCCGGCUAAGGAUAGCUUCAAGGGCAGCGAGGGGAACUGCGCGGCUCAUGUGAGAUAUCUGCCUAAGCGCCAUAGGUGAAGUGUACCUACCUAGGCUACACUACAUCAUCAUCUAGUUAUUUUGAAUAAUUGUCUAUGCAUAGUUUUGAGUUCGGCGUUUGGGGUCUAGACAUACAGACAUGUUUUGGAUAAUAUGGGGUAGUUACAUGAAGUUGGUCCAAUAUCCUUAGCCUUACGUUAUGCGGGUUAUGUUCAUAGGUUAAACAUAGGCAUGCAAUUCAUUUCGAAUAUAUUCGACACAGCUAGUCUCACCGCCAAAAGGGCUCAAUAGACGUGGAUUGUAUCAAGUCUUGUGUGGUCCCUAUACCCGUCUCCCAAGCGGAAGAGCUAUUCGAACUUAAACACAGCUAAACCUUGUCACCUUGCUAGAAGUCGCCGAGACCUCCCAAGCCCGCGCAUAGUUUAAGGUGCUCUAGAACGCGUUGCUAUAUAAGACCAUCGUGAC